AUGGAGUUUCCUUCCUUCGAAUCGCUUUAUUCGCAGCUGACUAACUGGCUGCUCACCGCGGCAGUACUCUUGGCCCUCGAAAUCGCAGCUUUUUCUCUCUACCGCCGCCUCCGCCGCUGCGCCCCCCAGGCCCCGCUGCUGCUGCCCUCGCCGCCGCAGCGCCACAACCCCUCGCCCCUGAUAGAGCGCUGGGAGGCCCCGCAGCACAGCAGCAGCAGCAGCAGCAGCAGCAGCAGCAGGAAGCGCCGCAACAACGGCGAGCUGCUGCAGGCCUUUCAGCUCCACGAAGACCCCCUCCCCAGCGCCAGCUGCUGCACCGCCCCCUGCUGCAGCGCGCAGUUCGAGGACUUCGGCGCAGCAGCGCAGCAGCAGCGGCAGCAGCUGCAGCACGAAGGCACGCAGAGCCUGCAUGCAUCUUUUGCGCAUUUCUCUUUUCCAGAAAAAAGAAAUGACAAAAAACAAAACCAAACUUCGCAGCAGCUUCGAGACACUCCAGACCCCAGAGUCUAUACACUCCAGGAUAUGAUGCGCUCCCUCGCCUGCUUCAAGUGUCAGCAGCAGCAGCAGACUUCUGCUGCUUCUGUUCUCCGCUUUGUGCGGCACUGCACGGGCCCUGAAGACUAUGAGCGCCACAGCGCAGCACAACUUGCUGCUGCAGCGCCUGCUGCUGCUGCAGCUUGCAGCAGCAGCAGCAGCAGAGAGGUUCUCAGCGCUCUGGAGUCCCAAAGCCAGCAGCAGCUGCUGCACGCAGCUGGGGUUGGAGACAGCAGAAGCGACUGCAGCAGCAGCAACAACAGCAGCAGCAGCAGCAGGACUGAAGAGCUGGAAGAUCUGCGCGAGAAAGAUAUGCUGCAGCAGCUGCAUCACCUGGAGGAAGAGCGCGAGCAGCAGCAGCAACAGCAACAGCAGCAUCCGCAGCAGCAGCAUGAGAUAAGUGGCAACCAGCUGCAGUACCUGGCAAAUGUUGAAGCCAUUCCUCUGCUGCAAAGGGCCCAGAAGCUGCGGCAGCUGGAGGUUGCUGUUACUGUUUAUGAAAACUUCAAAAGAAGAAAUGCAAAAAUGAGACAAGACGUUUGUUUGCUGCUCGUGCAGUGCGCUCUCGCGUCUGGGGACUACGCACGCGGCAUUGACUGGCUGCUGGAGUUUCUUGAAGAUGAAGUGCCUCUGCAGGGAGUUUGGCUGGAGAGGGUUUUAGCAGCAACUUAUGUGGGGGCCCCACACUUGCUGCUGCAGCUGCUGCAGCAGCUGCAGAGUUUGCUGCUGCGAGGCAAGCUCAGCGCUGACUGCAGCAGCACUGUGCGAAAAGCAGACAGCUACUUGACGCUUGCUGCUGCUGCUGCUGCUGCUCCUAACAGCCCGAAUGCGCCGCCCGUGAGUCCGCUGCACCAGCAGCAGCAGCAGCAGCAGCAAAGGGCCCGGAGGCAACAGGUGCUGCAGCAGCUGCAGCAGCUGCAGCAACAGCAGCUGCAGCAGCUGCAGCAGCACACGCUGUGGACAGGCCGCGGCAGCGCCACCGCAGCAGCACCAAGAGGCAGCGCCACCGCAGCAGCACCAAGAGAAGAGCAAGAGGAGAUGCUGCAAGAAGCUGAAAUAGCAGCAGCAGCAGCAGCAGCAGAAGAGGAAUCUGCUGCGCAGCAAUCGGAUGAAGAGCAGUUGAGUCCUGCAGCUGCUGCGAUUGCUGCUGCUGCAGCAGCAGAACGCGAAGAGGCAGCCGCUGUAUGUGAAGCAGCAGCAGGUGAACCAGAUAUGUCGGGUGCAGCAGCAGCAGCUGCUGCUGCCCCGACUGCAACAGCAGCAACAGCAACAGCAGCAGCGGCAGAAGCACCUAGCACUGCUGCUAGUGCUGCACCAGCCACGCCAGCAGCAGCAGCAGCAGCAGCAGCAGAUAGCACUAGAAAAGGUCUCAAUCCGAACGCUCCUGAAUUCGUGCCUGUCUUUUCUGUCCCCUUGCUGCAGCAGCAGCAAUUGAAAAGGCCGCAGCAGCAGCAGCAGCAACAACCGCAACGGCCGCAGAAGCAGCAGCAGCAGCAGCAGCAGCAGCAGCAGCUUGGACGCACCCUCCCCCUGGCUUCUCGAAGCGUUUCGAGACAGCCGGCAGGAGGCGUAGCAACAACAGCAGCAGCAGCAGCAGCGGCAGCAGCAGCAGGAGCAGAGAGAGCAGAAGCAGAAGCGACGGCGCUGCAGCAGCAGCAACAACUGGAUGCAGAUACAACAGCAGCAGCAGCAACAGCAGCAACAGCAACAAACGGCAGUAAUGAACGCAGACCCCACAAGCAAAUGCUGAAGCAAGUGCAGCAGCAGCUGCAGAAGUUUGUGCAGAAAAAUGCCAAGGCCCCGCGUGCCAGCAGCAGCAGCAGCUGCUGCUCCCCGCAGCAGCAGCAGCAGCUGCUGCAGCUGCAGCAGGAUAGGGGCCAGGAGCUGCUGCAGCAGCAGCAGAACUCAGCAAAUCUGCAGCAGCAGGAAAUGGGAUUCUGUCAUCUGCAACAGCAGCCCCAGCAGGUAAGCCACUACGAGCUGCUGCAGCAGCAGCAGCAGUACUACUGGCAGCAGCAGCAACAGCAGCAGCAGCAACUGCAGCAGCAGCAGCUGCAGCAGCAGCAGCAAAAAGGCACCUUGUGGCGCCCACGCAACGACAUUUCGGAGCACUGGAGGCCUCGUGUGUGUCGGCAGCAGCAGCUGCAGGCACUGGAGAGGCAGCAGCAGCAGCAGAAGCAAAAGCAGCAGCAACAGCAGCAGCAGCAGCAGAAGUACGACAGCGCUGCAGCAGCAAACAAUUCAAGUCGCCUCAGACUUGCACAGGCUAUUAUCACGAGCCUUUCCGCCAGCAACAAGCAGCAGCAGCAGCAGCAGCAAGUGCAGCAGCAGCAGCAGCAGCAGUAG